AUGCUCAUUAAUGGGGCUCUCCGACGUUUAUUAUAUAGCGCAAGCAAUACGCGUUGUCACAAGCGAUUACUGGCAAGUACAACUUUCGGAGCUAAAGUAAGCGUGCGUGAUGCUUUGGCUGCAACUAUCGAGGAUGAAAUAGAACGAGAUGAUCGAGUUUUUAUUAUUGGUGAAGAAGUUGGCCAAUACGAAGGUGCAUAUAAGAUAACGAAAGGACUGUGGAAGAAAUAUGGUGAUGAACGAGUUGUUGACACACCAAUCACAGAGAUGGGCUUCACCGGAUUAGCAGUUGGAGCAGCUAUGGCUGGUCUACGUCCCAUAUGCGAAUUUAUGACAUUUAAUUUUUCGAUGCAAGCAAUUGAUCAAAUUAUCAAUAGCGCUGCGAAGACGUAUUAUAUGUCGGCGGGUUUGAUCUCAGUUCCUAUCGUGUUUCGUGGACCUAAUGGCGCAGCUGCAGGAGUUGCUGCUCAACAUAGUCAAGACUUUUCCUCUUGGUUUGCACACUGUCCUGGUCUCAAAGUUGUAGCACCUUAUAGUAGCGAAGAUGCCAGAGGUCUACUAAAAUCAGCCGUUCGAGAUGAUAAUCCAGUUGUGGUACUUGAAAAUGAAUUAUUAUAUGCGGAAUCUUUCCCAAUGUCAGCUGAAGCACAAUCAAAAGAUUUUCUUGUUCCCUUUGGUAAAGCAAAGAUAGAGAGACCAGGGUCGCAAGUCACUGUAGUGGCAUACAGUAUAAGUGUUCGCGCAGCGCUCAGAGGUGCUGCUGAACUGGAAAAAAUAGGCAUAGAUGUUGAGGUUAUUAAUCUGCGUUCGUUACGGCCCAUGGAUUUUGAUGCCAUUAAGCAGUCCUUAAUGAAAACUAAUCAUCUAAUAACUAUUGACAAUGGCUGGCCAUGUUGUAAUAUUGGUGCAGAAAUAUGUGCUCGGGUUGUCGAAUCAGAUGCUUUCGAUUAUUUGGAUGGUCCAAUACUUCGAAUAACAGGAGUAGAUGUACCAAUGCCAUUCGCCGAAAAUCUUGAAGCUGCUGCACAACCUUCACCAAAGGACGUAGUCAGAGGCGUGAAGAAAAUAUUAAAUAUUAAAUAG